AUGUCUAUCAAGCAGCACGCUCCUCCCGCUCGCGACUUCGCACUUGAUGGCCGUGAGGUCGACCUCCUUCACUAUAUCUAUGGCCGAAAAGACAUCAAGGAAAUUCGAAACAAUCCCCAGAAAGUCCUUGCGGCGAUUGACGACUAUCAUAGUCAGUUUAACGUACUCAUGAAUAUCGGUCCGACAAAAGGUGCACACAUUGUCAAUCUCCUCGAUGAGAGAAAGCCUUCUACAAUGGUUGAGCUUGGUAGCUACGUCGGUUAUAGCGCAAUCCUCUUUGCAGAAGCCCUCUCUAAGAAUGGAGGGAAACAAUAUCUAGGCCUUGAGCUGAACCCUGAAAUGGCUGCUGUGGCCAAUCAGCUCAUCGACCUAGCUGGACUACAAGGCAUAGCUAAGGUUUUGGUUGGGUCCAGUGAUGAUACUUUAAAACAACUCGUCCAAGAUGGAGUAAUCAAAGACAUCGAACUCAUCUUUAUCGAUCACUGGCAGGAGCGUUAUCUACCUGACUUGUGGCUUAUGGAGGAAUUAAAUCUUCUCAAGCCAGGGAAGUCCGUUCUGGUGGCCGAUAAUAUCAUAUAUCCCGGGGCACCUCAUUACCUCAAGUGGGUUGAGUCGACCACAGAACAGAAGAGCGCGAUGGUUGAGGCUGGCAAAGCUGGUACCCUGAAACCAAACCCGAAUUUGAUCUACGAAAGUACGACCACCAAAUUCGAGACCGAUUUCGGACUGGACGCUGUUACUGUUACCCGCGUGGUGGGGUGA